GUGCGGGGCAGUGCUGGCGAGAGGUUCCAUCGUGACAGUGUGUCGCACGCCUUUGCUAGCCGUGCUGAAGCUUCUGCUUACGUUCUGGGCGCCGGCAAGCGUUUGAGUGAGAAGGGAGUGCGGUCGCUGCUUGGGGUAUCAGCGGCUGGCUAUUCAGCAUUAGCCCCAGUCCUCUUCUGCCCAGUUGAGGGGGACACAGUUUUGUUCAAUUCUGUGGCUUAUUUGGUGAAAUGUCGGUCUGGCGGCUUCAUGUUUUUGGUGCCCGACGUUCCAGAGGUGACCGACUUUGUCACUGCUCAGGAAGAUGUGUUUGGAUGCAGGACUUGCACCAUCACCGUGGAGCUUCCUCGUGGCAAACGCACCUCAGAAGAGAAUGCAGUGUUGGUGGAUGCAACUUGGGAUCAAGUUUCUUCUUUCACCCGAUGGUCGCCCCUUCGUGGCGACGAAGUAGAAACUGUGCAUCGCUUCUAUGUGGGGCAAAGCGCGGGCAGACCAUCCGCGGAGGCGGUGAUGGCGGCCGCAGAUGCUUGGAUCCACGAUGCCAUGGACGACGACACCGCUGGAGACUAUGUGACCGGCGACAGCGGCUUAGAGGGUUUUGCAGAACCUCCAGAUUCGGCCGCUCCGCCGCACGGUGGAACCGUGGAGCAGGAUGCUGUGCUUCAAAUGCAGCAGCGUAUCCUCGAGCUAGAGACUCGCCUGGGGACACUCCAAGGCAGUGCCGCUCUCCAUGCUACUCCAAAGGCUGGUGGUUUGCAGCUGCUUUCUUCUCCGUCUCAACCAGCGGAUGCUCAGGUGCUUCAAAGAUUGCGAGCUUUGGCAGGUUCUGGGCCAGGCCGUCUUGGCGCUCACGAACGUACUGCUCGCGCAGAACGGCCGGAGGUGGCGUUCGACAAUGCUCUGCAGGAGGAGAUGCUGGGGGCUACAGAGGAGGACGAGCUGCACGAAGCUCUGGCUACCACGCUGGAAGAGGUGCAGGAUCCUAUGCAGCGCCUUCUGGUACUACAGACGCAGCAGCUGAGCAUGCUGUCAAAGCAUCUCACAGCCAAGAACCUGGACCCAAUUCAGAAAGCUCUGGGGGGCUCCGAUGCAAGCGGCAGUUCAAGUUCAGGAGUCCGCGGCUGUCUGGCGCGGGAUGCUUUUCUGAAGAUGAGCCAAGAUCUUCCUCGACUGGCCAGUGUGGGGGAGCAGCAGAUUCUGACCGACCUUGGUCUCCAAGCGCCAGUGGGAGCGCGAUCUGGAAAUCGGGAGCUGCAGGGCUUUGCAAUGAAGGGCAUGACGUUUGUGGAUCAGGAACAAGCAGAGAGCUCAGUUGCAACCUUUCUCCAAACUGACAUCAGCGACUGCAGUGGCAGCCAAUGUGUCUUACCUGAAGGAUCUGGACUUUUUGGAAGGGCGGAUCCAAGCAGCUGGAAAGCCAACCAAAGCUACUCCUCAGGGGGACGAAAAGACCGAGGUGACACCGAGGCCAAAAAGGAAAGGCAAGGGAAAAGGAAAGGGGUCUCCCAGCCCAGCCGGCGAAGAGGCCACUACAGCUCCGAGCUGAAGUCUGAGGCAGUGCACCCAGAGUUGUUGUCCCAUGAUGACCUUUGUGGGAUGCAUUCGGGCAGUACGAAGUUGCUGUCUGACUUUGAAGUGCCUGCAACAAUUCAGUGCAUUGAGAUCAUGCGGGUGGUCUUGCAGUUAGUUGGCCAGAGCCAUUCUGGCUUAGGUGAGUUCCUGCGCCGAAGUCUUUUUCGCAGGAAGUCAUCAGUUUCUCGCCAUGUUUGCGGCAGUUGUAAUUCUGCCGAUUUAUGGCCCUGUCCCCCACCACUGUGGCGAUGGACGGGCCCAGCUAAGCUCUCCCCCCGGCGUCGCAAGAGAAGGAAGUUUUUAGAGACCAGGGCGAAGUUGUUGCAAGUUGUCAUCAUUGUUCUCAAUUGGCUUAGUUUGGGGUAUCCAAAAUACCCCUCAACUGUGUGCGAGUUGGGUGCCAAAAUCAGUGAUCAGCAGCAUGCCAUGAUUGAGCGUCUGGAGAGCCUGGUGGGCUAUUUUCUUCUUGCAGAACCCGUAGCUGCGGCUGAGCUAGGCCGGGCAGGGGAAAAGCUGAGCAAAAUUUGUGAUGCAGUAAUUCAACUCCCUUCCACUGUUCCAGACAUCAGUUGGGAUGAGAUGGCAAGUUUUUUAGAUUUGAUUCACCGGGAUUUUGAUCCAUACAGCAGUACGGCAGCUGCCCCUGACCAGCAAACUCACCAUGAUGUUUCUGGUGAACCAGUUCCAGAUCAAAACCGUCAGCUUGGUGUAGAUGUUCCGCUGAGUGUUUCUCCAGCCAAGCCAGUCAUUGCGGAGCGCAUCAAAUGGAAGCUAGGACCCACUUUCAACCCUGAGCCUUUUUUGGUUGACCCUGUUGUUCAAGCUGCUUUCAAAGACCCUGAUGUUUUGCGUAAACCUGCAACUGACUGGCCAGCAAGGCGGAGAGCGCGAGUGCAUUGCGACCGAGCUGAACUGAAGAAGCUGGCGGAAAAGUGGGACAAGCUGGGAAUGCGAUUGGCACUGUUUUUCUGGGAAAAGAGUUUGAAGGUUUUUCAUGCUAUGCGUCCUACUUUUGCAGUGCUGGAACAAGUUUUUCAUGAGGGGGUCGGCUUGCCAAUUCACCAACCUUUUUACCUGAGCGCGAUGGCGGUGAAUGAGCUGCUUGCGCUGUUACUGCUUGGUCCUCUGAUUCAAGCGGAUCUUCGGGUGUCAGUCACUGAGGAUGUUUUCAUGAUGGAUGCUAGUCCUUUUGGUGGCGCGCUCUGCAGAACACGUGUGGGCGCUUUUGCUGCCGAAGAGAUGUGGCGUCAUACAGAGCAGAGAGGUUACUAUACCGCGCUUCAACAUGGAGCGCGUGAAGUGCUGCAUGAAAAGGGCCUGGACCAUGAGGAAACCUUUGGUCCUCCCAGCGAGCAGACUGUGGACUUUGCUGUGAGUCUCUCACCGGCACCUCUGUGGCCCGGUGUCGAAGAUGUGACCUUCGACUGCAUUGAGCUGUUCUCUGGCUCCGGUAACUGGAGUAAGGCACAUGCUGCUGAAGGUUUUCGAGUGCAUCCUGGCAUUGAGCGUGGUGCUACUGGUGUGAGCUUUGGUGAUUUGAUGGACCCAGUCACCUUUCGGAAGACGGCUGCUUUAGCUGCAUCUGGAAAGGUGAAGGAGUGGCACGCUGGGCCGCCGUGCUGGUCAUUUGGCACUUUACGGCGCCCGAGAUUGCGGAGCAAGAUGUUUCCAGCUGGCUUCAAUCCUUCUGACCCGGUGACCUAUGAGCAGACCAUUUUAGCAAUGCGUACGGCUUUCAUUUUGACUUUAGCGCUCCUGAGUGGCUCCUACAUUUCUGCUGAACAACCAGGGGCCUCUGUCAUGUUUGAGUUGCAUUGUUUCCAAGUUCUGCUUUCACUGGGUUGCUGGCUUACACGUUUUCCUUUUUGCAGUUUUGGCAGUGGCUUUAACAAGCCUUCGAAGUGGCUACACAACAAACCCUGGCUCCUGCCUUUGGAGUCUACGUGCCAAUGCCGCUACAAGGGCUGCCAUUUUGUCAUCGAGGGCUCCUUCACACGCCAGUCCAUUGAGCUUUUUGAUCAGAGGUGCUCUCCAAGUGCUGCAGAGGUUUAUGGUCGUGCGCCCGUCCCUGGGGAAGCAGUCAGUGCUUAUUCAGCUAUGUAUCCUUGGUCUUUGGUGCAGCGCAUGGCACGCGGCAGCAAACUGGCGAGAGAUCAUGGUGCACCUACGACCAACACUGCGCAGCACACAGUGGAGCCGGAGACACGCAGAGCAUGGCACGAGGAUCCGGGCAGAAGCAGUUCUCGAGCUUUGAGCAGAAUCCUGCGUAGCUCCUUGGGCUACGUUUUGGGUGGUUGCCUUUACCCAGGCACUUUGCACUGCAGAUCUAGCUGGAACCGCGCUGAUGGUCCUUCUCGUGAUUCGGAAGUGCCUGGGCCUACGCGGGAGAUGCCUCUCUGGUUGACCGACCUUCAGAAAGGGCAAGUCAAACGCUUUGAUGUCAUCAUCAAGAGCGCAUGCUGGAGGAAUCCUCUGGGCCGCUGGGUCCGCUUGCUGUUGUUGCUUUGCGGUGACAUUGAGGAGAACCCUGGACCAGCAAAAAGCUACAUUCCUAGAGGUGAGCUGGACUUUGAUGUCGGUUUUUCACCGGCGACCCUGGAUAGGAUGCAAAAAUGUUUGCAGGAGUUCAGCUCAUGGUUGCAGACGCGUGCGCAGACCUCUUUGGAAGCUGUGCUGAUGACCGCUGAGGCGGUGGAUGCAGCCUUGCGAGCCUAUGGGAAGGAGUGUUUUGCUGCUGGAAAACCCAGGUACUGGCUGGUUUAUGCUAUUACAGCUGUUCAACAUUUGCGGCCACAGUUCCGCAAUUUUCUGGCUGGUGCAUGGCAAGUGGACCGCAAAUGGCAGAUUGAAGAGCCGGGUCAAUGUAGGGCAGUGUUGUCAGCUCCACUUAUCCGGGCCAUCAUUAGUUUGUCCUUGCUCUGGGGGUGGCGCAGUUUUGCUGCGUUAGUGGCAUUGGGAUUCUCUGGCAUGCUCCAUCCCAAUGAGUUUGUCAAUUUGAUGCGCUCUGAUUUGAUUUUUCCAAAGGACACUUUGGAGCAGCGAGCUGCAAUGUACAUCUACAUCAAAAACCCCAAGACAGCUAGGUUUGCUCGCAGACAGCAUGUGAAGGUUUUGGAUGAUUCAGUGAUCUGGCUGGCUAGAAAAGUCUUUUGGAGUUUGCCGAUGACAUCGAAACUCUUCAACGCAUCUAUGGCGGUGUUUCGCCGACAGUGGAAUGCAGUCCUGAGUCACAUAGGUGUCCCCCACAAGCAAAGUGUACGGGGGGCCACGCCAGGCACCUUGCGGGGCUCAGGCGCUACUCAUCUGUACCUUGAAGAUGAGGACCUGUCAAAGAUCUGCUGGCGCGGCCGAUGGGCCAAGAUGCGUACCCUGGAAUAUUACAUUCAAGAGGCUCUACGCCUCUUACAGGAGGAGGCUCGCUGUCAGCGUGUUGCUCUACCAGUUUCCAUCUCUGCUUCAGCGACAAGGUACUUGAGUCACUCCCAUGGCGAUCCUAAGAAGGCAUUGAAGAUGAUGGAGGCAACCACAGAGUGGCGCAGCUCCUACUUCACUAGGCCCCUUUCGGAUGUGAACAUGGCGGAGGAUUUGAGACUUGGUCUGGUGUAUUUCGCAGCUCGGGACAAGGCUCUUCGGCCAGUGUUGGUGUUUCGGGCUUCCCGAAUUCCUGCCGCAUGGCACAGAGAGCGGAGGUACGACCUGGUCAUCAGAGUUCUUGUCUUUUCCAUGGAGUAUUUCUUGUCGUACAUGGCAGUCCCUGGGAAAAUUGAAAGCAUCAAUGUGGUCAUUGAUCUGAAGGACUUGACCAUUUCUCAGAUUCCCAUUGGAGUGCUUCGGGAAGUUCACAGGAGCAUGGGCAUGUACUAUGUGGGGCGGAUUUUCCGCUUCUAUAUUUGCAACAUGCCGCGGAUACUUGGUACCUUGGUGCCGCUCGCUAAGAAGGUCCUGACGGAGCGCCAGCGACAAAAGCUGGUCUUCGUUUGCAGGCCGGAAGACAUCACUCGAGAUAUCGCCGCAGCGCAGCUGGAGGAGGACUUGGGUGGCGAACGACAGCCCAUCAAGGAGUUUUUCCCAUAUCCUUUGCUGCCUGGACCAUUUGAACCCAGUGAACCUCCGGUACGGUCUCGAAAAGACCCAGUGCCAGGGGUGCACAAGCUGCUGACGCCCGAUGGCUUCAAGGGUCGCUUGUGGAACUGGCGUGCCAAGCCCGAGGAGAAUCGGAGGCUCGAUUUUUCGGAGUGCGCCGCAGACAUCUUUCGCAAGUGUGGCCUGCCUGUCCCUGCUGAAGUGCUCGCACGAACCAAGCUGCAUGUAGACGACGGUCAGUCCAGAGACGCAGGCUCUAACGAGAAGGUCAACGAGACGAAUUUGACGAUCGAAGAGGAUCCUCAGCCAGAGGCAUUUGUGUCCGACGAGAGUACCAAGGACUCCCUCAGCAACGCCGAUUUGGAGGCCUUGGAGUCGCACCACCGAUCAAAGCUCGAGGAAGUUGAGGUCGUGCGCCGCCGCCGAUGCUGCUUUUUCUCUGGCUGCGGUGGGUGCUAGCCUCGCUGUGGAUCCGGUUGUUUGGCUGCUGACCUGAUACUGAAAACGAC